CUAUCAGUUGCAACUCUGAGGGGAAGAACUCUAUUCGUUAUCGCCAAUUUGCCUCACGUCCAAUAACGGUGGCCUUUUUCCGCGGACAUCCCAAUUACCGCAUUCAUAAGUGGUCGAUAGUCCACGCUCGUUUCUGAAGGCCUGUGGGAGAAUAAAACGGCUGUACACUUGCAAAAUCAUACUGCUUUGUUCACUGCCAAGCAACAUCUCUUAUCUAUCGCAGAGAAAUUCGACAACAGUGCGAUUUGACUCUUGCGGGGUACGGCAGGAUGAGGGAUGCAUCAAACGAUCAAGGCCCUUCGGCACCUUUGCUGAUGGCCAUGAAUGCAGACUCUCAGGUGCAUCUCAUCAUAGGUGCAAGUCCACUUGCUGCGGCUCGUUGUAUCAAGAGUCUGGAGGCCGGCGCAAAGCCAAUCAUCAUUGCACCGGAUACGGGAGAUCUGCAAUACACCUUGGCUGAGCGCAUAGAAAAUGGCUCAGCCCAGUGGGUUCGCAGAGAAUUUCAGGAUACCGAUCUGACUAGCUUGGGGAGAGAGGAAGUUGACCGUGUGGUGGACACGGUCUUUGUCACUCUGGGCGGGGCUCAUCCUCUGAGUCCUCAUAUAUCCAAACUCUGUCGGCGACUAAGAAUUCCGGUUAAUGUGUCGGAUGCUCCGAACCUUUGCACCUUCAGUCUUCUCUCAACUUACUCGGAUGGCCCUCUUCACGUGGGAAUCACCACUUCUGGGCGCGGUUGCAAGCUUGCUUCUCGACUAAGAAGAGAAAUUGCAUCCACACUGCCCCCAAAUCUUGGAUCCGCAAUCGACCGACUAGGAUCGGUGCGGAGACGUCUUUGGGAGGAAGACUAUGCAGCAGGCUUGUGCGAAGCCUCGCUGGAAGGCGACGAGGAUGACUCAACAGGACAGAAGCACACUUUCAACAACCUAGUGACCGAAGAUGACGUCUCUGCUGCCAAAACCCGGCGUAUGCGUUGGCUGUCCCAGAUUUGCGAGUACUGGCCACUCCGCAAACUUGCCGCCAUCAACGACUCCGACAUCGACAAUAUCCUCCAGGCGUAUUCGUCCACCAAAGAUAGCCCCGAUGCGUCCAAUGGUGUUCAGGACCUGCAAAAGAAUGGCAAAAUCGUGCUGGCUGGUUCUGGACCAGGACACCCUGAUUUACUCACUCGAGCAACAUAUAACGCCAUCCAAACUGCCGACCUCAUCCUCUCUGAUAAGCUUGUACCAGCACCAGUACUGGAACUGAUUCCUCGGAGGACUGAGGUUCAUAUUGCACGAAAGUUCCCUGGCAAUGCAGACCAAGCACAGGAGGAAUUUUUGCGAAUGGGUCUCGAUGCCUUGCGCCGUGGACGACAUGUUCUUCGUCUCAAACAGGGUGAUCCCUAUCUCUAUGGCCGGGGAGGGGAAGAGUUUGAAUUCUUCCGGAACGAGGGCUAUACGCCUCUCGUCUUGCCAGGAAUCACCAGUGCGCUGAGUGCUUCAUUGUUUGCUGAGAUCCCAGCAACCCACCGCGGCGUAUCCGACCAGGUUUUGAUCUGUACCGGAACAGGAAGAAAGGGAGCGGCCCCGAAUCCUCCUACCUAUGUGCCGACCCAAACUGUAGUCUUCUUGAUGGCACUGCAUCGAUUGUCGGCACUGGUGGAAUCUUUGACGGCGCCGCCAGAAGAUGUCUCGCAUUCCCGAGCUCUUUGGCCGAAGGACACGCCGUGUGCCAUCAUUGAACGAGCAUCAUGCACGGAUCAGCGGGUGAUCCGAUCUACUUUGGAGCAUGUUUGCCUGGCCUUUGAAGCUGAAGGCUCUCGGCCUCCUGGUCUGCUGGUGGUUGGGGCCAGCUGCCACAUUCUACAUCAACCCAAAGAUCAAAAAUGGGUUGUCGAAGAAGGAUUUAAGGGGUUGGAUGAGCUACGGCAUAUUCCCGAGGUGGCUGAGAUAACGGAGAAGGAGUAGGGCGUGGAGGAAACUCUGGAACGCUGAAAUGCUUGAUGAUAUAUUUUGAUGGUGGACCAGGUGGUUGAUUUUACAAGCCGGGAAUUGGAAAAGAGAUACCCAUAUAGAAUAUUGACGAAUGACUAUGAACAUCUAAAAUUGCGG